AUGGAGAGCCACUGGCCAAAAGACGAAGACUCAGGUUCGAAUGGCCCAAUAGCCCAAAGAGAGCCUGAUUUCGAUGCAGAAGAAGCAGACGACGAGACGUUGGAUCGCAUAUAUCGUAAACUGGACCUGCGUAUCAUCCCACCGCUAUGGACACUCUACUUUCUUUGCUCUGCCAUCCGAUCCAAUGUCGGGCUGGCUCAGACGAUGAACCUCAAGGAACACCAUGACCUGGGCUCGGUACUGCAUCUGACUCCCCGACAGAUCUCGACAAGUUUGGCACUUUUCUACGUGUGCUACGUCAUAUUCGAUCUGCCUUCAAACCUGAUCAUGACCAGGUUGAGCCCUCAUAUCUGGAUGAGUCGGAUAGUGAUUAGUGUUGGUGUCAUCGGGGCGUUGAUGGCAGCUGUCAACGCCGCGUGGUCGCUGUAUCUUCUCCGCCUCCUUCUAGGUAUCGUGAUAGCCGGCAUGUGGCCUGGCAUGGCAUACUAUCUAUCACUCUUCUACCCUUCUGCUCGCACCGGCCAGCGUAUAGGCUUCUACUUCACUGCCGCCCAAGUCUCUGCUGCAGUCGUUGGGCUGGUCUCUGCCGGGUUCCAGGAAAUGGACGGCUUAGGGAACCUCGUCGGCUUCCAGUGGAUGUUCCUCAUCUGGGGCCUGGUCGGCACAUUGAUGGGCAUAACGCUGCUAUGGUGGCUUCCAGACCGACCUCUCCCACCGGGCGAAUCUCAUCCGCCUCGCGCGGCAUGGCUUCGGUGGAUACCCACGACCAGGCCUGCACUAUCCGGCAAAGACGAAGAAUUGCACUACGCCGACGUACAGCGCGUUUACAAGAAAGUGCAAUGGGGCUGGUCUGAUAUCCUCCGCAUACUAUGCGACUGGCGUCUCUGGCCCGUGACAAUCAUGUACUUUGGUGUCGUGGGCGUUGGCAUCGGAGUGCAGAGCUACGGCACAGUAAUCAUCCGUGCCGCCAUCCCUUCGUUAACGGGCGUACAGCUCUCUCUGCUCUUCGCACCGAUAUGGGUCAUGGAUCUGAUAGCCAUCCUGAUCAUGACGCCAAUAUCAGAUGCAUUCCACCACCACCGGCCGGCCAUUUUCAUCUUUUCAUGUCUGAUAUUGCUCACCGGCCUGCUACUCACGACUUUCACCCGCACCUGGACUGCAUACGGCGGCCUGUUGGUUGUAGGAUUUGGUCUUGGCCCGACAGUCCCCAUCACCAUGUCCUUGACCGCCGAGCUGUUCGGAGCAAGGUACGGUGACGUCGGCGUUGCUGCUUCGACCGCGAUAGUGAGCGGGCUGGGUAAUCUGGGAAGUAUUGUGAGUACAUAUGCGCUGUAUACGGGAUGGAAUGGGGAUGCAAAGAGGGCGUAUAGAGGGAGCAAUGGGGUGAUGUGCGGUAUUGUUGGUGCAAGUAUAGUUGCAGCCGUGAUUGUGGGCGUGAUCGUAUGGGGGAAGCAGAGGGAAGCGCAGCGUGGCUGGAGGGGCGUAUGGUGGGUAAAAUGGUUGAUGAAAUAA